GCAUUGUAUGAUCGGGGUCGGUCGGAAUUUCUGACGGAACUCUUUAUAUCAGCUUGGAAUAAAUGCAACGUAAAUUUGCAGAGGAAAAAUGUGUAGUUUAAUUCAGGAAGACAGAAAUCUGGCGACCUUCCUUUUGACGGUGUGAUAUGCCUAUUGUGCUGCACUUGCUUGCUAUAGUGAGUUUCGUAGGAUAGCUAGAUUGGCGUGUUCUUCUAAGGAUUAUUAUUAUUUUUUUACCAGACAAUUAUAUGUGCAACACAUGGAAAUUUAUGCACAUCGUUUAGUUACAAAAUGUAUUUCAACAGGAAAAGUUAGACAAUAUUUCCAUAAACUUGCCAUUGCACAGCUUGUAGGCUAUUCUAAUAAUAGUUUAUUCCAUCGAUAGAGUCAACUAAAAUAGUUUAGCUAUGGCUAGUAAAAAUAAAUAGUGCAGAUAUGUCAUAUUGUCGACGGAUAUGCUGGUACACAACAUUGGGCAGCAGUUUAUCGACUACAAAAUGAGGAUGAUUUGUCACAAUAGUCUUCCUUCAACAGUUUAUAAGACAGUCGUUAUUGCCUAACCAGAGCGAAUUUAUCGCAGCAAUCCAGUGCGCACAGUCUCCCCGGCUGUUAUCCGGCAGAACGCCCAGGAUCCACAAAUCUGUGAAGACAUUCCAGGCCUGAUCCCCUUUUUCCAAAUCUGUGAAGACAUUCCAGGCCUGAUCCCCUUUUUCCAAAUCUGUGAAGACAUUCCAGGCCUGAUCCCCUUUUUCCAAAUCUGUGAAGACAUUCCAGGCCUGAUCCCCUUUUUCCAAAUCUGUGAAGACAUUCCAGGCCUGAUCCCCUUUUUCCAAAUCUGUGAAGACAUUCCAGGCCUGAUCCCCUUUUUCCAAAUCUGUGAAGACAUUCCAGGCCUGAUCCCCUUUUUCCAAAUCUGUGAAGACAUUCCAGGCCUGAUCCCCUUUUUCCAAAUCUGAAGACGAUACAGGAAAUCAAGCAGAACGUUCAGGGAAUAGAAGAGUUCUUUAUAAAAACUUGGAACAACAGUGAGAACUGCUGGUUGUAUUCUCCAUAGUUUUUAUUGACAUGUAUUGAAACAAGUAGAGCCAUCAGUGAUUUCAGCAGCCCCCCUGCCUCCCCUAUCCAUGCCCACAUGCUCAGCAACAGAUAAGAACUGUUUUGAUAAUUGUAUGUAAUUAUAAUUUGUGUGGGAGACGGAGCUGUCUCUAUUAUCACCUGUAACCUCAGACACAAUAACUCCACACAUUUACAUAUUUCUCUCCAAAAAUGCUUUUCUUUCAGUUUUAGGACCAAAUCAGGAAUAAUCAGAGUUAUUGAAGGAAUGGCACAUGUGAACUACAAUGUGCUAUUCAGUCCUCAACCAUCAUAAUGAGACACAACUGAAUUCAAUCUGUAGAGUUACAUCUAAACCUCAAGCUCUUUUCCUUGUAUAUUCUAUACUAGACAUACAUACUAAGUUUGUACAUCUAAAAACAGAGGUACCCAUCCAGCCACUAGCUGUCUAUUUGAUAUAAUACGAUUUGUCGUAACGUUUUAUACUUUCUCCUCAUUUGUGGUAUUCACUGUCCUCUGUCCUUAAUGUAGGGCGCUGGCUCUGUAGCCUUCAGCCCAAUCAGAGGAACAGUAAGUGCCUAUGCAUUUUAGAUAAGACCAUAAAACAUUUAAGUAAAUAAGUGGCCAAUGCAUUAUGUAGUUAGUGACCUGUGAUGUUUAUAUGCCUAGAAGGGCAAUGUCCUGCUUUACAGUCACACAGUAUGUUUACACUACGCCACAGCCAUUCAGUGCCCUGACCCGUCAAGAACCACAACCUCUCCAACUGCCAUUCAAAUGGUCUGCAACAUCUAAAAGCACAGGAACACAAAUGAUUUAGAUUUAUUUAGCACAAGAUUUAUUUAGUACACAUCUUUUAUUAAGCAUAAUAUUGAAACAUUUAGACAUUUAUAUGUAGAGAUUUUCUACUUUUUCAGAGAAUAUUAGUUUACAGGUUGAGUCUAAGUGCAAACUGGGAAUGUAUCCAGCGCCAAAACGACAUGAUUGAAUCAUUAACUGUUUACAUUUUAGGAACAAUGUUUACAGAGGACUGUUGCCCUUAAAACACAGGCCUAUGUGUCAUUUUGUGACAUAUUAUUUUACAAGUGCCAUAACUCAUUGAGGAAGCUUACUUCUUGUCUUCAGCUAAACAAAGCACAACGUGUUCAGGAAUACGUCAUGGUGAAGGUAAAAACCCUCUGUUUGACCUUUCAUCCAAGGAGAUUCCAUCUAUUUUUGUAUUUUUUCAUGUGAAUGUUAUAACCUCAAACUAACUUCACAUGAUUCAAAGUUAGGUUUUGUAUGGUAGAUAGGUUCUAGAACUAGGAGAAGGAAUAGACGAUCUGGGUUUGAUUAAUUUACCCUCGUUUACUCUGUGAGGCUUAUACAUGUCUGAUUUGACUGUAAUGGGAUGCAGAAUAUUAUCGCAGAAGAUGUUGAAGAUAAUAGUAAAAGAAUGAAAUUCAUGUAAAUACCUCUGUCACCAAUGGUUGACACUUACAACUGGUUGACACUCGUGACUUCCAUCUCUUAAAGCAUAUCUAGAAUUCAUUCACAAAGUUUAUCAGACAUUUUAAUUAUUAAAUUAAGAUAUUUUGAAAAUAUGAGUACCAAACAACUCAUACCUGCUACCUAAAUGUUUCAAAUAGUGUUUUAGUGGUUUAAUUCUGAAAAAGGACAGCCUUGUAACAGCGUUGAGUCGACAACAGAAAAUAGAGCUCUUAGUCAUGUAAAGAUGACGCCCACCACCAAUCUCCAAGUCUUCGCCGUCUCCCUCCUCUCUCUCCUUGCUGCCCCACUUACCACAGCUGAGGACAGCUCCCCCUCUCCCUCUCCCCUACGUACCGACCCCCGGCCUCGCCAGGGGGGCUCCACCGACCCCCCUCAGUCCGCCCCCAGCCCCCCUCUCCUCCUCCUGACCAUCCAUGCCAACCGCCCCUCUGCCCUCCGGGGCAGGCCCAAAGCUCCAGAGAAACUUCCAGAAUCCCCUGGGGUUCUGGAGACCCCUCCCCGCCCCCUGGCCCAGAUCAUGUUCCCCAAGAACGUGACAUCUGCGGCAGCGGGAGCCCUGGCUCCUCCGUUGCGCGCGGCCCAGGUAGCUCCUCCUCCCCACAGACUGGUGGACGUGGACGUGUGCCAUGGUUACUAUGACGUCAUGGGCCAGUUGGACAACACCUUCAAUUGUUCCAAGGACAGCUUCAUCUACUGCUGUGGCAGCUGCCACUACCGCUUCUGCUGCCCCGACCCCACCCGUCGUUUGGAGCAGAGCAGCUGUACCAACUACGACUCCCCGGAUUGGGCCAAGACCCCGCCACCAAACGCCAUACUCCUGGAUGAUGAUGAGCCGGAACUGGACCCUCUGCAGCCUCUGAGCCACAACACAGGCUUUGUGAUUGGAGGUGUCAUUGUGUUUAUGGUAGCGGUUGCCGUGGGGAUUAAGAUAAUGUUCAACAAGGUGUCGCAGCAGGCCAACAACGGAGAGAUCAACAUGCCAAGAGCGCUGGUGGACAUGUUGCGUCACCAGUCCAGUCCAGUGCAGCAGGAUGAGAGGAACAACAGCGUGGCUCUGUGUGGUUCAGGGGAGGGACAGGGUACGCUGGGCAGACCUCCCAAAAACCUCUAUGCCCCUGGCCUGCCCAGCAAGGACAACAGACUGGGGAAUAUUCAACACAAUUUUAUCCAUUCAGGAACCAGUCCCAAUCACACUGCUACCAUCGAACACGCCCCCCGUAUGAACAACACCCAGCUGGCGGCAGGAGGCACUCUUCUGUCCAGCAAACACAACAAUACUAAAGAGCAGCCCUCCUUCCACCACUCCCUCCACAACCUGGCACAGCUCCCCCCAUCCUACGAGAACGCCACCAAGCCAGAGCUCAACAGAUACUCCUCGCUCAAACGCCUGGAAAAGAGUGGUCUUGAUGAAUAUUCAUCGGGCUACUGCACCACCAAGAGGCGUCCCCACACGGCCCAGCCCGCUCUCCAGUCCUCCAGUCACCACAUCCCCUGUGGCGGAGACUACAACACCAUGGGUGGGAGGGGCACCCUCCCUCGCCACGCCCCCCGCCCCUGGAUUCAACCCACCGGCCUACCCCCCGUCUCCCCCACGGUCAACCCCUACCCCUUGGACCCAAUUGAGCAGCACUACAAUCCCAACUAUGACACCCUGUCCAAGCCUGCCAGGAAGGUCAUGUCGCAGGACCAGCUGCUCAACAUGGGGGACGUCCCCGGGAACACUGGGACCCUCUCCAGGAUGUCCAAGAACCAGCAGCACCAGUACUACAAAGCCAUGGCUGCUGCUACUAAGAACACCAACACCCAGACCCUGACAAGGAAGCCCCAGGAUCGACCCCAGGAGCGGCCUCAGUCCAGCACCCAGACCCUGACAAGGAAGCCCCAGGAUCGACCCCAGGAGCGGCCUCAGUCCAACACCCAGACCCUGACAAGGAAGCCCCAGGAUCGACCCCAGGAGCGGCCUCAGUCCAGCACCCAGACCCUGACGCGGAAGCCCAAGGAUCGACCCCAGGAGCGGCCUCAGUCCAACAACCAGACCCUGACGAGGAAGCCCAAGGAUUGGCCCCAGGAGCGUCCCCAGGAUCGCCUACUCAUGUCCCCAGAUCACCUGGAGGAGAGCAUGGGUAGAGGGGUCGGAGGGAUGGGAGUGGGUGUGCAGGAUCCAUACGCCCAUGGAGGCGGGGGAGGCAUGGUCCCCACUCUCCCCCGGGGUGGUCUCACCCCUCAGCAGAAAGCCCAGUCCCAGCAGAAUGUAUGUGCCACGCCCUCCCUGGACAGGCACCACAUGAUCAAGAUGAACUCUCACCCCACCUCAGGGAGGGAGCAGGAGAGAAGCCAGGGCAUGACGGGGCAUAUGAGUGGAGGCAUGGGGGGAGGCAUGGGGGGCUGGGGUGGCAGCGAGAUGCCCGGGGCGGGGGUUGUCAUGGGAACAGGAACGCUAGGGGGCCACAGCGCCAAGAGGAUGGCUUUCGCUGCCAAGAGGCAAAACACUAUUGAGCAGUUACACUUUAUACCAGGAGGGGGCGACGGAGGAGCAGGAGGAGGAAGUAGAGGAGGAGGAAGUGGAGGAGGAGGGGGAGGCAGUCAGGGCAUCAGGACAGGCAGUAAGAAUGAGGUGACAGUGUGAGGGGCACCAGGUAGAAAUUGCCAUCAACUGCAAAUCUAGGAUCAGAUUAUCUCACCCCUAAACCCACCCUUAACCAUUAGGGGGAUGAACAAAUAUCUGACUCUGUAUCAGUGGUUAGGGCAAAUUCUACCUACUGUGUGUGUGGUCUUCAUGAAGAGAGUAGACAUAUGAGAAUAGGAAGGGUAGAGAAGGAAAUAUGGUGAAUCAAUCUGUACAUAUAGGGAGAUGAAGGACUUGCUUAGAGGUCAAAAUGGUAGAGGAACGGAAUUAUCCUGCCAUUUUUAUAUAUGUGAUACAUCAGCCAUAUUUCAUAUCUAAUGUGCCAUAUUGCCAUACACUGAUUCCAUGAAUAACUGAAAAAAAACGUGGGAGAAAUUAGAUAGCUAGGACUUAGUUAAGAAACUUGUUUGUUCAUGCAUAACCUUGUGUUUUAUAUCAAAUGUUUUACAGAAUAAAGAAACUUUUGAGCCAUAUUAGAAAGGAGGGACAAUAAUAAUACAGAUAAUACAUCUACGUAUGAGAGAGAGAAGAGUGGUGUACGGCCAGACUGUGUACUUCAGUGUUACAUAGAAAAACAGGUUACACUUGUAUCAAAGGAUGCUAUUUUCCCCAUGGAGCAUUGAACUGAUGAUCUUCAUGACCUAUGAUGUGGAAUGUCGGAUGAUGUAGGGUAUUGAAUCCGGGGAGUGGUGUACGAGUGAGCCCGCCUCAUUGUGACGCAGGAAAACAGAGCUGUCGAUAGUUGCUUCUUGUGUGAAAGAAUGAGUGACCUUGAGAAAAUUGCUUCCAUACAUUCUCUAGUUGCCCCCAGUAACUGAUCUGAGGUCAGUUUUGCAUCCCACCACCGCCUAAUAGUUAUGCUCAGCAUUUGGGGAGGUUGAGCUGAUCCUAAAUCUGUGCCUAAGUGCAACUUCUAGCUGGAGUUCCCCUGUGACCCACCUGUCUUCAUCAGAACAACCAAAUCUGAUUGAGCCAUGAGUCACUAUGUUUGACGAGGAACUUCUGAGUUGAUCAGCCUACCAAUAGGAGGAUUAGCUACUGCAACUACAGGUUAUUUUCUUUCAUAGAGCACAAAAAGUACACUAUGAUGCAGGUGUUGCACUUCAUAAUAUGACUGACCUUCAAAGCCAUGCAUUGGGAUACAAAUAAAAUACCACAGAGAAAGCACGUCUGACAAUCACCAUUUUAUUAAUCUCACCAGAGGAGAAUUGACACAAGCCAACAUUUCUACAGGACAAUACAAAUGAUUGGCUUCAGAGCAAGCCAAAGUGUAUGUGUCUAGGGACUUGACUGUAACAAGGCAGUGGACUAUAAUGCAUACUGUAGGAUGACUCCAAUGAUGAAGCUGUCAGAUAUGAGGGUGAGACUCAGAAGAGACUUGGUUGGCUAGGAUGCCCUUCAUCAGAAGAGGACCUUGCUCGUAGUAACACACUCCAACCGUUCUCUAUUAGGUAGAAAUGUCAUAAUAUCAAUAAUAAUGCUUAAUAUUAAGGGCUAUCCUAUCCUACAUGUGUGGCUUUGGACCAUAUAAUACAGCAUAUUAAUGCUUUCACUUAAUUUGUGGUGUUGAUAUUGUCACUGACGUGUGAGUACUAAUGUCCUGUAGAAGCCUGGAGUCAAACUUGUAAAAAAAAACAUGAGCAGUUUUUUUCCAGCCCAGCUCAAAGAGGGAAACACUAAGACAGAAACGUUUUUGCACAAUCCCCUGAUAUUUGCACCAGAUAAAGACAGACAUAUUUUGUAUCACGUCUUAGUGGUUUACAUUCAGCAAAAAAGGACACUCAGUCACUGGUGAUGCGCGGGGCUGUGUUUGAUAAACUUAAGGGACUUAAGAAAAUGAACAGACUUGUAUUCGACUAAGAGAGAAGUAUAACUGUAUAUAUAUAUAUCAUCUACAGUAUACAAAGUGUCUCAUAUUGCUUACAAAUGGACAGAAGAAAAAAAUCUGACAUAAUUCAGGAGAUAAAAUGACUGACAUGUUGAUAAAGAUUUUCUUUUGACAAUCUUCCUAUACACAAUGGUAACUUACCCAGUGAGCAAAAUGGCAUCUUUUAGAUGUCCAUGGACGUCGGCGUCAGACGGUGUUCACUGGGUAGUCCGUGUCGGUUAUUGUCAUGAUUACAACAAGUGUUAUUAUUAAUGAUUAUUAUAAUUGUUGUUAUAAUUAAUGGUUAUCUUAUAGUAAUGAUGUUGGUGUUAUUUUUCUUAGUGAGAUUUUAAGUGUUUACAUGUUUUUAGAUACCUAUCUUUCUCAUGACAUUUUGUUUGUUUUUGUUACAUCUGAACACAAAAUGGGGAUUCAAACUAACACUGUCUAAUCUUGAUGCAUGUCAACUCCAUGGUUUGGUAAUGCAUUGACCAUAUGCCUGAAUACAGGGCUUUAUUACUUUUCUACAGUAUCUAGACUAUUUGAAAAUAUUGCAUAGGUAUUAGCAAAAGUUGUGUUGGUUCCACGUGUUGGGGUGGAAUCAUUACACUCACCGUUCACAAGGUCAGACAAUAUUGAUAGGGACUAGGGAGGGAAAAGUUCUGGGUUUGGGACCAAAUUGAAACACUUACUAACACCACAGCCUAACCCAAUAAAACCCAAAGGGUUAACACAUGA